UUAUGUUAAACAACUCACGGUCCUAGUUCAUGGCAGAUUACACAUCCACACUGUAUAUGUUAUCAGUGGUGCUGAGAUCACUGUGGGAAAAGUUUGAUGGGGAAAAGGGGAGGAGAAAUCCCUAAUCCAGAGUGACCCUGCCAAACCCCAAAACUUAAAUGCUUGGUGCUUGGUACGCCACUGGGCAAGCUCUAACAUGCUCGGUGAGGAGGGGUGCAAGAUAAAGUCUGACAUCUUUAACAGCCUUUUACAUUCAGGAAAUGCUGAAUGUCCUUGUACUCUGUGUACUUCAAUAAUGGCCUUAUAUUGAUGUCCUGUCUGGGCUUCUUUGAAAUUUGAAAUUAAGGCUGUACCUGUUGCAUUGAGCCUUCAGCAAGGACUUUGAAUAUCUUAUACAACUGCAAAACAGGACAAAAAUUAGUUCAAAAGCAAGUUCUUUACUCUGAGGAGCAGGUGCAGUCACAAUGUCCACUGGCUCGGUGAGUGAUCCUGAAGAUAUCCAGGAGCUGUUGAUCACUGGCAUGGACGCUCAUUCUCUAGAAAACUCAGACAAUGAAUUUGGUGUGGAUGACAGUCUGAAAGGAAAGACAAAACGACCUCGAGUUGGUGCCAAUAAUAACAACAAGCAGCAAAUGAAGAUGGCAAAAGAUGGCCGACAGUCUCAGAGAAAUGCAGCUAAUGCCAGAGAGAGGGCACGGAUGAGAGUCCUGAGUAAAGCUUUCUCACGGCUGAAGACCAGCCUGCCGUGGGUCCCGGCAGACACAAAACUGUCAAAGCUGGACACACUGCGUCUGGCGUCCAGCUAUAUAUCUCACCUCAGACAACUCUUACAAGAUGACAGAUACGAGAACAGCUUUGUGCAUCCUGUAAACUUGACCUGGCCUUUUGUGGUCUCGGCACGAUCAGAGGACACCAAAGAUAUUUCAGCAGCAGUCAGACUAUGUGGAGCUACAGCAUAAACAUCUGGCACCUCUCUGUCUUUCUCUCUUUUAUCCCACUCUCUCGCUCUCUUUACUGUCUGUACUCAUGCACUUCCUUUGAACUUACAUCAAGGGCCAUAACACUGUGAAGACUGCAUUUGCUACAUACAAGCAGUUAAAUAGUAGUGAAAUCAUUGGGAACCAUCUGCCUUCAUAAUCUUUAACGCCUGCAUUUGAUUUUGUAAUUAAGUUAAAGAAGUUUCUUUAAAGGCAUUCUAUUACUAGAAAGUAAAAAAAAAGGAGUAUCACUUAUGUUUGAUUGUUUUGCUGAUAAAGUGAUGAUGUUUAUUCUAGCAAACAAAUGCACAUAUUACUAUACAGUAUAUGUUUGAUGAAUGUUAAAUGAUGUCUGUAUUAUUAUCGAGAACGGAUUGCAUCACAAUGGAAAUACAUAAAAUCAAAAGUUAUUGUUUUAAGGCGAAAGUUAAACUUCUAACCACCUGCCAGACAUGUGAAAGUCAUAUUUUUGAUAAGAUGUUUUCCUAUAAGAUCACCUUGUCAUUAUGUGUGUAAUUCAUUUAUAGCACUGAAUACACAUCAUGUGUGAUUAUAACAUGAUCAAGUGUUUCACAUUUAGCCUGUCUGAAUCUGUGAUAUAUCUUAUACUUUUGCAAUUUCAAAGAUAAACUGUCAAAGGUCAGUGUCUUAAAUGCAUUCUCAAAAUCUGCUUCCAAAAUGUUUUAAUGAGUUUUCCAAUCAGAGAAUCUAUUGAAAUGUUCAGAUAUUUCGAUUUUUUUAUAAGAUUUUUUAACUUUCUUAUGACUUUGUGCAAUCUGCAGACAGGGACAUCGCAAAUUUUGUCCAAUAAAUUUGCAUGAUUCUUUCAUUAUUUUUCCAGUCAUUCGUGAUUUCGGAAAAAUAUUUUUGCCUAUUUUUGAAAUGUAUUCUUUUCAAUUUCUUAACAAAAUUUCAUGAAAUU